AUGACUGACACGCGCUGGCUGCAUGCAAUCUAUGAGACUGUCUUUGAGACUGUCAUUGGCUCAUGGCUGGGCAAAUAUAGCAAUCCGUUCGCAUUCGGCGAACAUAGUCUCUCCGACAUGUGCGUGAGUGUACAUCAGCUGUGUCGCCGUCUUGAUAAAUGGAUGGACGAAGAUUGGGAGAGCCCUGCGGCCAUGCUGGAGCUCGGUCGUUCAGUAGAUAGUGCUCGGCGUGAAAGAGAUCUUCAGAUCGACCAGUGCCUCGAUCAUGCGAUCGAAGCGUUUGCCGCUCGUUGGCUGCCGCUAGUCGCGCAAUCGCAAGCGCAGAGACUCGCGUCCGAUGAAGUCAUCAGGACUCUCUGGCGACGCGCCCACAAAGACAUGCUGAGGGUCAUCAAUCGGCCGUCGUACCGGUCCAUGCUGACAUUACUGCUGUUUGCUCUGACACCCAUUCCGGCCGGCAUCUCAGAAGAGGAAGAGCUGGAUCGGGUUCCUGGGCAGGUUUGUGUACACGCCGCUCUUCAACAGAUUCAAGAGCUGCGUGCUCAUCAACGAAGUCUUCGGUUCAACGGCAACCGGAUCAACCUCGAUAUUCCCGCCCGUGCUCCGGGUACAAGUCCCCAUUCAAUGGCAACCGCGAACUUUAUCAACGCCGAGAGCACUGCGUAUUGGGCCGCUCUCACCUUCGACACGUCGGCAUCCCUGACCUUGAGUUGUAAGCCGUUGCUCUCCUCAGGCUUGUUUGGCUUCGAAUCCGAAUCAUCCUGGCGCUUGGUCCGCACCUGCCUGGAGAUAUUCCGUGAUAUGACCAAAGACUGGAACGACUCGGACUUUGAGAUGACCGACGAAAAGGCCAAUCAAGUCAUCGCCGCUGGCGCUGCCUGGAAAUUGCUGGUGUGGAAGCUGACAGCCAAUAUGAAGGAGUCGCUACGAGAUGGUCACGACGAAGCAGAGGUUAGCAGGGCUUUCAGUCUCGUUUCGGAAGCCAUCGAUCAGUUCAACAUGACGUACCGUGGCUUAUUGGAGGCUUGUCAGAGACGCAUCCAGUUCUUCGGACAGGAGACGAAGCUCCGGUGGUAUGAAUUGAUGUUGCAUUACAAUCUGUCCAUUCUGAUGCUGGUUGAUAUGAUUGCCGCAACCGACCGUCACGACCUCUUGACCAGAUUUUCCGCCAAAAGAGUCGAUGCUGAGAGCGCGGUGUUGAAUAGUUUAAUGUUCGGAUUGACCAACAGGUACACUGUGCAGAUCCAAUCGGACGACGCCACGGUCAAUUCUAAAUUGUCCAAUGCCCAAGUACCGACCUUCACGUCGUCACUUGUCGCCAUCGACCCCUAUGCGCAUCAUGCCGUUGCUGCGGUGAAGCUAAUGCAGAAAGCUAUAGACAGGGACUUUGCCGGUGGGAAAAUCAGCGCCGAUGCGUAUCGGAGCUUGCUCUCCACGCUUACGCAGACGCUUGACCAGCUUCCUCAAGGGUCAAAGUCGGUACAAAUUAUUCGAGCCGAUCUUGCCAGGGUGGAAGUUGCCUCGCAACCAUUAUAUGCGAUAAACGGAACCUGA